AUGGCGACGGCGAAACCCCAGAGGACGCCGGAGGAAAUCGAGGAUAUUAUUCUCCGGAAGAUUUUUCUGGUUACUUUAGUCGAUUCCAUGGAAAGCGAUUCAAGGGUUGUUUACUUGGAAAUGACGGCAGCUGAAAUUCUCAGUGAGGGUAGGGAUUUGAGAUUAAGCCGGGAUUUGAUGGAGCGGGUUCUCGUCGAUCGUUUGUCCGGGAAUUUUGUGCAGGCGGAGCCGCCGUUUCAGUAUCUGGUUAAUUGUUACCGUCGAGCACACGAGGAGGGCAGAAAGAUUGCGUCAAUGAAGGAUAAGAAUGUUAGGUCUGAGAUGGAAUCAGUGGUGAAACAAUCCAAGAAGUUGGCUGCUUCUUACUGUAGGUUACACCUUGGAACUCCGGAUAUGUUCCCGAAUUGGGAUUCUAGAAGCAAUUCAAAGGAAUCGCCUUUGCUUCCUUUGGUAUUAUCUGAGGUAUCAACGGGCGUUGAUGCGUUUGGUAACAGUGGAGGCACGUCUAGUCCGCCUGGCUUUUUGGAAGAGUUCUUUAAGGAAGGAGAUUAUGAUAGUUUGGAGCCUAUUAUGAAGCAGUUGUAUGAGGAUUUAAGAGGUUAUGUGCUCAAGGUUUCAGCUUUGGGGAAUUUUCAGCAGCCCCUUAGGGCUUUACUCAUGUUGAUUAAUUUUCCGGUGGGAGCUAAAGCACUGGUGAAUCAUCCUUGGUGGAUACCGAAUACCAUGUAUAUCAAUGGGAGAGUGAUUGAGAUGACUAGCAUUCUGGGACCUUUCUUUCAUGUUAGUGCCAUAACUGAUCCCACUAUCUUCAGGAGUGUACCUGAUGUUGGGCAACAGUGCUUCUCAGAUUCAUCUAAUCGUCGGCCAGCUGAUCUUUUGUCUUCGUUCACAACCAUCAAAACUGUUAUAAACAAUCUUUAUGAUGGUUUGACAGAGGUGCUCAAGUGUCUUCUAAAAAAUACAAGCACUCGUGAGAAUGUUCUUCAAUAUCUAGCUACAGUGAUCAACAAAAAUGCUUCUCGAGCUCAUAUUCAGGUUGAUGCAAUAUCUGUUGCCAGUCCAGGGAUGUUUGUAAACCUUAGUGCUGUAAUGCUGCGACUAUGUGAACCAUUUUUAGAUGCUAAUUUGACGAAGAGAGACAAAAUUGAUCCUAAAUAUGUAUUUAAUGGCACACGAUUGGAAUUAAGAGAGUUGACUGCACUUCAUGCAUCAUCCGAAGAAGUUUCUGAAUGGUUAAGCAGAAACAAUCAGGAUAAGGAUGUCGAGAACCGUUUGCUCCAUUCACAGGAAGCUACAAGUUCUAAUAUUAAUGCUGGUGGAGGCCCUGAAAAUGCUAAAUUUCCAUUCAUUUGUGAAUGUUUCUUCAUGACAGCAAGGGUUCUCAAUUUGGGUUUGAUAAAAGCAUUUUCGGAUUUCAAGCAUCUUGUUCAGGACAUUUCAAGAAUGGAAGAUAAGUUAUCUUCCUUGAAAGCCUCGCAUGGGCAAUUACCUUCACCACAAAUGCAACAAGCUAUAGAUGGCCUUGAGAAAGAAAUUGAGUUAUAUACACAGGAGAAGUUAUGCUAUGAAGCUCAGAUACUGAGGGAUGGCGGUCUUAUUCAGCGUGCACUAUCCUUCUACCGGCUUAUGUUGGUCUGGUUGGUUGGCCUCGUAGGAGGAUUUAAAAUGCCUCUGCCAUCAACUUGUCCAAUGCAUUUUGCAUCCAUGCCAGAACAUUUUGUGGAAGACGCAAUGGAGUUGCUAAUAUUUGCUUCUAGAAUUCCCAGAGCCUUGGAUGGGGCCGUGCUGGAUGAUUUCAUGAACUUCAUCAUAAUGUUCAUGGCAAGUCCUGAGUUCAUAAGAAAUCCUUAUCUAAGAGCAAAGAUGGUUGAAGUACUCAAUUGCUGGAUGCCGCGCGGAAGUGGGUCAUCAGCAACAGCUACACUCUUUGAAGGGCACCAACUAUCUCUAGAGUAUCUAGUUCGGAAUCUUCUCAAGCUCUAUGUUGACAUUGAAUUUACAGGCUCUCACACUCAGUUCUAUGACAAGUUUAACAUCCGCCAUAAUAUAGCAGAGCUUCUUGAGUACCUAUGGCAGGUUCCAAGUCACAGAAAUGCUUGGAGACAGAUUGCUAAGGAGGAGGAGAAGGGAGUCUAUUUGAACUUCUUAAACUUUUUGAUUAAUGAUAGUAUUUAUCUUUUGGAUGAAAGUCUCAACAAAAUUCUCGAAAUGAAAGAAUUGGAAGCUGAGAUGUCUAAUACAGCGGAAUGGGAGCAAAGACCGGCUCAAGAGAGGCAGGAAAGGACUAGACAAUUCCACUCUCAGGAGAAUAUCAUCCGGAUUGAUAUGAAGUUGGCCAAUGAAGAUGUUAGUAUGUUGGCUUUUACUUCAGAGCAGAUUACAGCUCCUUUUCUACUGCCAGAGAUGGUUGAAAGGGUUGCCAGCAUGUUGAAUUAUUUUCUGUUACAGCUUGUGGGACCUCAGAGGAAAUCUCUUACUUUGAAAGAUCCUGAAAAAUACGAAUUUCGUCCAAAGCAGUUACUUAAGCAGAUCGUGAACAUAUACGUGAACUUGGCUAGAGGAGAUACUGAGAAUGUUUUCCCAAUAGCCAUUACAAAAGAUGGUAGAUCUUAUAAUGAGCAGUUAUUUAGUGCCGCAGCUGAUGUUCUACGAAGAAUUGGUGAAGACGCGAGGAUCAUACGUGAAUUCACGAACCUUGGUGAAAAGGCUAAAGUUGCAGCGACCGAGGCCAUGGAUGCUGAAGCAGCUCUAGGGGAGAUACCUGAAGAAUUCCUUGACCCAAUUCAAUACACCUUAAUGAGGGAUCCUGUCAUUUUACCGUCUUCAAGGAUUACCAUUGAUCGACCAGUCAUUCAGAGACAUCUUUUAAGUGAUGCUACGGACCCCUUCAACCGUUCUCAUCUUACCGCGGACAUGCUGAUUCCAGAUGUUGAGCUUAAAGCUAAGAUCGAAGAGUUUCUUCGUACCAUACAUUCGAAUAAGCAAGGGGAAGGUUUGAGUUUGCAGAAUAACACAAAGGCGACAAUACAAACAACUGAUACGUCUUCUUUGAUCGAGUAG